GUCCUUUUAUUUUUCAUGCUUCGCCCACUCUAUACCCAAAGGUCGACGGAUGUCCUGCUCGUGGGACCGCCAUUAAGUGGAAAACGAACACUGGCCAAACAAUUACUCAAAUGCAGUGAUGCCUAUUUUUCAACACACAUUGCUGAGACAUUUACACGGCAGUUGGAUUCUCAAGUUGGGCGAAUCGAUUAUGUCUUGAUUCUCGUGGACGUGACCAACAGCAAUAGCUUGAUGGUGCUCCGUGAAACAUUGCAACGGAUGGAUCCAGCGUACCUCACGUAUAAAUGUGCCAUCGUCGUCACAAAAGUGGAUAAGCGGCGCUUAUGGGCAUUUGACGAGCACGAUCUUACUGUAUUGGCGGAUUCCUAUUCCCAUUUACAAUUAUUUCAUGUCAACCUAGAGGAUGAUGACACACGUAAAAGCGUAUGUGACCAACUAGGGCGCAUCAUUCGUAUCAGUACGCUUCAGCAAAAGGACGUUCACACAAUGCUACUACGUACAGUGGAGCAUUUCCCCACCAAACUUCCUUCAAGCGAUGAGUCAAUGGACUCGACAUCGUUGAUCAGCGAUGAAUAACACUGUAAAUAGACCCAAAAUUAGACACUCCAAAUGAAUCAGCAAUUUUUUUUUUCGACAGCCUACUGAGCGUACCACAACAAGCUCUGUUUACUGAUAGGACAUUCUUCCUUUUGUGACCGCUUCUGCUUCUGUUGUUGUUGGACAUGGAUAAUCAACUCGUGUUUGGAAUUUUU